UUGUAGAAUGCAGAACCUUUCCAGGUUACUGUCCGAGAAGACAAUUGUAUCAUUGUCUCCCUGGAAGCAUCUGAUGUGGUGAGCUCAUCCUCUGUAUAUGUUGUGAAGAUAGCUGGAGAAUCCAAGAACUACUUUUUCCAGUUCGAAGAAUUCAAUAGCACUUUACCUGCCCCUGUGGUUUUUAAUGCCAAAUACCAUGGCCUAUAUUACAUAGUAACUCUGUUGGUAGUGAACUCAAAUAUGGUUUCCAAGUCAGCAAGAUCAAUCACUGUGUUAACCAAACCCCUUCCUGUGAGCAGUGUUUCUAUCUAUGAUUACAAACCAUCUCCAGAAACAGGAGUGUUGUUUGAAAUUCAGUACCCAGAGAAGUACAAUGUUUUUACCAGGGUAAAUAUAAGCUAUUGGGAAGGAAAAGACUACCGAACAAUGCUGUACAAAGAUUUCUUUAAAGGUAAAACAGUUUUCAAUCACUGGCUACCAGGUAUAUGCUACAGUAACAUCACAUUUCAGUUGGUAUCAGAAGCAACCUUCAACAAAAGCACGCUAGUGGAAUACAGUGGGAUCCAGCAUGAGCCCAAACAGCACAGAACAGUUCCUUACCCACCUCGAAACAUUUCUGUUCAGAUUGUACCAAUCAACAGAAACAACUGGGAAGAGCACAGUGGGGAUUUUGCAGAAGAAUCGUUCAUGGGACCACAAGAAAUCAUAAGGAAAGAAAAACCUAGCCAUUUUUCUGACAACCCACCUGACAUUCCAGCAGUGAACACAUCUGCAGCCUGGCCGGACUACCGCUAUAACAGCACUGAGUACGAAACCACGUCGCAGCCGGACUGGUGGUCUAACGAACCUGCAUCGUUAGAGGGUGAAGAGGAGUUUGUCAAUGCAGUUUCCAGUGAUUACGAGGCCAAUGAAGUCAACACAUCUGGAAAACUCACGCCAGAGCCCCCCUACUUCCUUCCUGUACAAAUGGUGCUGACCUGGUUACCACCAAAGCCACCUACUGCAUUUGAUGGUUUCCAUAUCAAUAUUGAAAGGGAAGAGAACUCCAUGGAAUUUUUGACAGUAAGUGAGGACACUCACAAAUUUGUUGCUGAACUGAAAGAACCAGGAAAAUAUAAGUUGUCUGUAACAACGUUUAGCUCCUCUGGCUCUUGUGAAGUUCGGGGAAGUCAAUCGGCAAAAACACUUAGCUUUUACAUCGGCCCCACGGGUGAAUGGAUAGAAGAGCUCACUGAAAAGCCCCAGCACGUGACCGUGACGGUGCUAAGCUCCACUACUGCCCUGACAUCCUGGACAGCAUCACAAGAGAGCGGCGGCAACAGCACCAUCGUGUCCGUGGUCUCCCUGACCUGUCAGAAGCAAAAGGAAAGUCAAAGGCUUGAAAAACACUACUGCACUGAGGUGAAUUCAAGCAGCAGCCUCAUUGAAAAUCUCGUUCCUGGUGCCCAGUACCAAGUUGUGGUUUACUUACGGAAAGGACCGUUGGUUGGACCACCUUCUGAUCCUGUUACAUUUUCCAUUGUGCCCACUGGAAUAAAGGAUCUGACGCUUUACCCUUUGGGACCUACUGCUGUGGUUUUGAGCUGGAACAGACCUUUCCUUGGGGUGUUCAGGAAAUAUGUUGUAGAAAUGUUUUACUUCAACCCAUCAACGAUGACCUCUGAGUGGACAACCUACUAUGAAAUAGCAGCAACCGUCUCCUUAACUGCCUCCGUGAGAAUAGCUAACCUGCUGCCUGCUUGGUAUUACAAUUUCCGGGUCACCAUGGUGACUUGGGGGGACCCAGAGCUGAGCUGCUGUGACAGCUCCACCAUCAGCUUCAUAACAGCACCAGUGGCACCUGAGAUUACCUCCAUAGAAUAUUACAACCACCUUUUGUACGUCACCUGGACCUAUGGAGGAGAUGGUACUGACCUUUCUCAUUCCAGGAUGCUGCAUUGGAUGGUGAUUGCAGAAGGAAAGAAAAAAAUCAAGAAGAGUGUAACACGCAAUGUGAUGACUGCAGUGUUGAGCUUGCCUCCGGGGGACAUUUACAACCUCUCAGUGACCGCUUGUACUGAAAGAGGCAGCAAUACUUCCCUGCCCCAGCUUGUGAAAUUGGAGCCAGCCCCUCCAAAAUCACUGUUUGCUGUCAAUAAGACUCAGACCUCCGUGACUCUGCUGUGGGUGGAAGAAGGAGUGGCUGAUUUCUUUGAAGUCUACUGCCAGCAGGCUGGAUCUGGUCAGGAAACAAAAGUCCAGGAACCUGUCACUGUCUCUUCACACGUAGUGACCAUUUCCAGCCUAACCCCUGCCACUUCUUACAACUGCAGUGUGACCACCUUCAGCCACAAUAGCCCCAGCGUCCCCACUUUCAUUGCGGUUUCCACUAUGGUCACCGAGAUGAAUCCCAACGUAGUGGUAAUCUCCGUGUUAGCCAUCCUAAGUAUCCUUCUGAUUGGACUGCUGCUGGUGACUCUUGUUGUACUCAGGAGAAAACAUCUACAAAUGGCCAGGGAGUGCGGGGCUGGAACCUUUGUCAAUUUUGCAUCUUUAGAGAGAGAUGGAAAGCUUCCCUAUAAUUGGCGUAGAAGUGUAUUUGCUUUCCUAACUCUGCUACCCUCAUGCCUUUGGACUGAUUAUCUUUUGGCAUUUUAUAUUAAUCCUUGGAGUAAAAAUGGAUUAAAGAAGAGAAAGCUGACCAACCCUGUCCAGUUGGAUGAUUUUGAUGGCUACAUCAAGGAUAUGGCCAAAGAUUCAGAUUAUAAAUUUUCUCUGCAAUUUGAGGAGCUAAAACUGAUUGGGCUUGACAUACCCCACUUUGCUGCUGAUCUUCCCAUGAAUCGCUGUAAAAAUCGCUACACAAAUAUCCUGCCAUAUGAUUUUAGUCGUGUCCGGUUAGUUUCAAUGAAUGAAGAAGAGGGAUCUGAUUACAUUAACGCCAACUACAUUCCUGGUUAUAAUUCACCCCAGGAAUACAUUGCAACCCAAGGACCACUGCCAGAAACUAGGAAUGAUUUUUGGAAGAUGGUUCUCCAGCAAAAAUCUCAAAUUAUUGUUAUGCUCACUCAGUGUAAUGAGAAAAGAAGGGUGAAAUGUGAUCAUUACUGGCCUUUUACGGAAGAUCCUGUUGCAUAUGGGGACAUCACAGUGGAGAUGCUUUCUGAGGAGGAGCACACAGACUGGGUUUAUAGGAAUUUCCGAAUUAGCUAUGCUGAUGAGGUGCAAGACGUGAUGCAUUUUAACUACACUGCCUGGCCAGAUCAUGGUGUCCCCACGACCAACGCUGCCGAAAGCAUCCUCCAGUUUGUACAGAUGGUCAGGCAGAAAUCAGCAAAGAGUAAAGGCCCCAUGAUCAUACACUGCAGUGCCGGAGUGGGACGAACAGGAACCUUCAUAGCCCUGGAUCGGCUCUUACAGCACAUCCGUGAUCAUGAGUUCGUAGAUAUAUUGGGCCUGGUGUCUGACAUGCGGUCCUACAGAAUGUCCAUGGUGCAGACAGAGGAACAAUACAUUUUUAUUCACCAGUGUGUGCAACUGAUGUGGCAAAAGAAGAAGCAGCAGUUCUGCAUCAGCGAUGUCAUAUAUGAGAACGUCAGCAAGUCCUAGUUCAGAGUCACAGGUGGUAAGACCAUGAAGCACACCCAUCUUCCCUUGCUUCUGAUUUUUUUUCUUUUGAUGGUUUGAACGGCCAGUUGUUCUGCCAUGAGAGACCGCUGCUUUGCAGUACACGGACAAUAAAAGAAAGAAACUUUUAACUUUCCGAAGCACUGGGGAGACAAAGCCUUAACAAGCCUGCGGUGUCUUUUGAACUGUUU